AUGUUAAAUGCGGAUAUAGAAAGUCCACUGGUGCACAAAGAUAAAGUAUACCUAACCAAUAUUUUGGCUUCUCAAAUUAAAGAAGAAAGAUUAUCACGGGAAUAUCCUGAUAUUGUGACAUUAGUAACAGCUGGUCAGACUUUCGAAGGCCGAUCCAUUAAUUAUGUCAAGAUAUCAACAACGAACUUUGAAGACAGAAACAAGCCAAUAUACUUCAUUGACGCAGCGAUGCACUCCAGAGAGUGGUCGACUCCUCCAGUCGCUCUCUACACCGUGCACAGGCUGGUGGAAGAUUUACGGAAUGAAGACAGGGAUCUUGUACAGGAUGUUGACUGGAUUAUACUACCAGUUCAAAAUCCAGACGGCUAUGAGUUCACACAUACAGAUGAACGGAUGUGGCGCAAAAACCGAUCACUCAAAGCGAGCGUCUCAAAUUGCAGCGGUGUCGAUCUCAACAGAAACUACGACAUAUUCUUCGGCGAGUCCAACGCCUCUCAGGAUCCAUGCGCCGAGUCGUUUAGCGGCCGUUAUCCGUUUUCGGAAAUAGAAACCCAGAACGUUAGAGAUAUACUCCAUGCAUAUCUGGACCGUAUUCAAAUUUACAUGAAUAUUCAUAGUUAUGGAAGCUACGUGCUUUAUGGCUUCGAUAACGCCACUUUGCCGGCUAAUGUUGCGCGCAUACAUCAGGUCGGUGCAAGCAUAGGUGCUCAAAUUGAUACCAAGAAACUACCUGAAGCGUAUCAUUACCAUGUUGGUAACAGUUAUUUUGUUUUGUAUCCGGCUUCGGGGACAUCGCAGGAUUAUGCGCAGGACAUCGGUGUACCAUUUUCGUUAACACUGGAAUUGCCUGAUUUCCAAAAUUAUGGGUUCCUAGUUCCACCAAAAUACAUUCCUCAAAUAAAUGAAGAGACUUGGAUGGGUAUUGCAACUGCAGCGAGGCUUUCCGUAUUGUUUUAUAAAGAAAGAAUAAAUUAAUGGUUUGAGUUUUGAUACAUUACUACUUUUAAUCUACUAGCAGUUAAUAUUGUAAUAAAAUUAUACUACGGAGAACCGAAUAAAAGAGACAAGCCAUAGAGCAGUUCAGACGUUUUUUGUUUCUUCUAUUUUGUGACCUAUAAAAUCCAUGUCAUAUCUAAUACACAUUAUAUACUAGCAGUUUUAUACAAUAAUUUGUUUUCUGCGUAUUGUAUUAAUUAUAAUAACAUAAUAUGAACCAACAUAAUAAUCCAAAUCGUUUGUGAAAAAGGUUCACUGGGCAGUCAGAAAUAUCUAACAAUUAUACUAUGCUAUUUUGGAAGAAAUAAGAAAUGAACU